GAGAGAACAGUGUCGGGAUACAAAGACGACUGCAGAUCACCACUCUGUCAGAUCUCAUGGCUCCAUUUCUAUUCCUGUUGUUCCUUCUUUCUGAAGCAGCUUCUGGCCUGAUUGUAGUAACAGUGGAUCCUGGAGAUGAUGCCAUUCUGCCAUGUCAGGCUGCUGAUUCCUCCAUCAGAGUUGUAGAGUGGAGCAGACCUGACCUGAAGCCAGAUGACAUCCUCUAUUUCAGAGAUGAAUACUGGAAUACAACCUACCAGCAUCCAGACUAUAAGGACAGGGUGGAGCUGGUGGACAGAGAUCUGAAGGGCAAAGACAUGUCUUUAAUUCUGAAGAAUGUGAGCAGACAUGACACUGGAACAUACAAGUGUAUAGUUAUAACCCGUGGUUCUGGACGUACAAAGGGAGACACUGACUCUUACCAAAUCAUAACCAUCCGUCUGCAGGUUAUAGACCUACCUAUGGUAACUGUUGAUCCUGGACAUGAUGUCAUUCUGCCAUGUCAGGCUGCUGAUUCCUCCAUCAGAGCUGUAGAGUGGACCAGACCUGACCUGGAGCCAGAUAUUGUCCUCUUAUACAGAGACGGACACCUGGAUGCAGCCGACAAGCAUCCAUCCUUUAAGGACAGGGUGGAGCUGGUGGACAGAGAUCUGAAGGACGGAGACGUGUCUUUAAUUCUGAAGAAUGUGACUAUCAACGACACUGGAACAUACGAGUGUGGAGUUAAAACCAAUUGUUUAACACGUAAAAAGAGAGACACCAACUCUGACCAUAUCAGAAUCAUCCAUCUGCUGGUUCCAGACCUGAUGGAGGUAACAGUGCGCCCUGGAGAUGAUGUCAUUCUGCCAUGUCAGGUUGCUGAUUCCUCCAUCAGAGCUGUAUUGUGGACCAGACCUGACCUGGAGCCAGAGUACGUCCUCUAUUACAGCGAUGGACACCUGGAUCCAACCUACCAGCAUCCAUCCUUUAAGGACAGGGUGGAGCUGGUGGACAGAGAUCUGAAGGACGGAGACGUGUCUUUAAUUCUGAAGAAUGUGAGCAGACACGACGCUGGAACAUACUGA